AUGACCCGAGUUACACAAGAUUUCGACGACUUCACCAUCCACGAGGAUGAGAACUCGACCCACUCUGCUGCCGACGACGAGAGCGAGGUACCGCCUCAAGAGGUAACGCCUAUUCGUGUCUCCCUCGGCGCGGAGAGUGGGGAUGACGAAGCCAUGGCGGAAGACGUUAGCCGUAUUACCGAUGAAUCUAAUCUGGAUGCCGACAUCAUCCCAGAGGGCCCUGAAGAGUUGGUGAGCGGGGCUGCCAGCGAACCGGCGGCAGAAGACGAGUGCCAUGACACAAACGAGCCUCUGGCGGAGGUUGAGCCCGUCAGCGAAGGUGCUGAGGAGCCCGCGAGUGAAAACGCAACAGAAGAUCUAACAGCUGCUGAACCUGCGGAAUUAAUACCAGAACCCUCCGCAGAGCUGUUGGGGGAAGAAGUAGAAGAAGAUGCAGUUGAAGAGGGUAACCCUGCCGAUCUACCCCAGGAUACCAGCGAGCUUCCACCUGCAGAGGAAGAAGAAACAGACGAUUUGGUGCAAGAGGUCCCCGAGGAUGCUUCUCUACAUGAGGCGGAGGCGGAGAUUCCAGACGAGUCCAACACUUCGGUGGAUUAUCAAGAAGAAAGCGCCGACACAACGAACGAUGGCCAUGAUGAAACCGACACCCCUAAUAAUGAUUUUGAUGACGAAGAAGAAGAAGAGGAGGAUACCCACAAUGAGUCUGGAGUCUCCCACGAUGCCCUGGGGGCCGAGGAAGACGAUGCUCAAGAAGGAGAUGACGAGGAUUCCUUGGAUUCGGAAUCCAGGAGGAUGUCCACAAUGUCAGGCGGCUAUAGGCGGACCUCUGGCAGGACGGAUGCCUUGAUUCAGGCAGCUGCUAGAGCCGUGGUGGCCCGCAUCGAGAAUAGGAGGGGCUCUUCCAAAACACACUCCUUGGGCGGUGAGGAAGACUUCUCCAUGCUCAGCCACGACAGUGAUUUGCACGAGGAUGAAGACGCCGAGGAAGCGCACGACGCUGAACUUUGCGAUCUACGGCAGUAUGAGGCGAGCCCCCGCAUCUCCGAUGCUAGCUCUGUGCCUGCCCCGUUGGCAGACGAUGUGGGCAACGAUAGUAGCUCCCAUAAUGAGGCCGACGAUGACGUCUUUAGUGACCGCAGUCCUCGCAGCUCCAUGGGGUCCAUAUCGAGCGACCCAGACCGCAAGCUCUCUCUCGAAGAGGCCAUGUCUCGGGCGGCUCACUCUCCCCGCAUAUCCAACAUCUCCCAUUACGAUGGGACCGAGGAAGAUUUUGUCCCAACCGCGCGCAACACACCCCGCCUACCUUUCCGCACCCCUUCCUCCGUCCGCGCGAUGCAAAUGUCGUCGCCGCCGGGCUCCACGUACGGAUCGCCUCGGUCCAGCAAGCGCCACUACCCCACAAUAUCGCGCUUGGGGAGCCCCAACGUCUCGGCGCAAUACUCGCCCAAAGGACGGUCCACGCCGUCCAGGCUCAAGGAGCGAAAGGAAGCCCCGCUGGUUCUUUUGCACGUCACUCUCCUCCCGCUUCGGUGGCCGUGGGGCGACGUCCUCGAGACCGCCGAGGCGCACGAGCUGAGCGAGGCCAGCAAGUCGCUACGCGAAUCUUGGCGCCAGUUGCACGACAGGAUGGGCGACACCGUCCUCGAGCGAGGCCUGCCUCUCCGGAGGAAAGCCCGCAUCCUCGAAUGCGGCCAUUACCUGGGUCCCUCUAACAUUAUGACCUUUGAGAGUGAGACCGAGAGCGAGGAUGAGGGCUGGGGUAGCGACCGCCGCCUUUCGCGCAUCGACGAGGAUGACAAGUUCCACUGGUGCAAUACCUGCAAGCACGAGAUCAAGUACGAGUCGCUCGGCCCCGGCAAGGUCUUCCGCGUCAAGGUGUACGCGAGCAACGGCCUCAUGAAGGCCGGUGCUUGGGGCGCCUGCUGGAAGGAGAUGGAGCGGGUCGACGUGGAGAUUGAGCCCCUGGUCGACACCUCCCUCCAAGGGGAGCUGAACGACUUGGCUACCGAGCAGGAUCGAAGAGCCGAAGAGGAGGAAGAGGCCCGUAUUGCGGCGGAGGAGAUGGAUGAGAUGGACGAGGAGGACACGGAGCUCGGCCAGCCAUUUGACAGCAGCAUGAUGGCCGAUCACGACCACUCUCGCAUCCUCAGCUCACCUCCGGCGUCGAGCAUGCGCAUGGAGCAGCCGAGCCGUUCGCUCGUGAGCAGGCCACAGUCCCGCGCCGUGGAGCCAUCGCCUAACCCCGAUAUGCGGAUGCAGGAGCAUCACACGUCGCUGGCCGCCAGGCAGCAGCAGCAUCAGCAGCAUUUCGAGACCGAGCCCCUCGACUCCACGAGAAUGCUGAGCUCGCCGCCGCCGCUGCCACCGUCAUCGGCGGCCCGUGCCUCGGGGUCGAACCUGCGUAUUGAGGACAGGGCGCAUUCGGCGGAGCUCCACCACCGCCAAUCCCACAUGAUGAGCUCGCCGUGCCCGUCUACUCUGCGUUACGAUGACGGCACCCAGUCUCCCGCCAUGGGACGCUCGCAGUCCCGCUCCCCCUCCCCUGCCGCUCGCCGCCACGAGGACUCGUACAUGCCGGGUCCGUCACCGGCCUCCCCGUCCCAAGAGGCCUUUGAGCGCCGGGAGGAGCGCCGGGAAGAACGCCGCAAGACGUACCAAUCCGCCUCGCUUCCCGAGCUGAUUCUCGAGGCCGCCAAGGUCGUCCUGCAGGACCGCAAGAACCUCGUCAUCACGCUCCUCGGCGCCAUCGCCAUGCUGCUCGCUCUGCGGGGCAGCAACAACGGCGGCGGCGGGUCCGCAGACAGGUACUCGGUGCACAACCACUUCCCCCCCGAGCCUGUGGAGGACGCUGAGACGCCGCUCGAUAAGGAGAUUCGGCGCAUCGUUGAGACUGUCACCGAGGUGGAAACUGUCAAGGUUCAGGUCACGGCCACCACUACUACUACGGAGAUGGUUCGCGAGACGGUUCAGGACGAGCUGCUCGAAGACACUGCCUCUGCUCGUGACCCCGUCCCUGAAGAGCAAGCUGCUGCGGAACCCCCGGUGGUCGAGGACCCUGUGAGCGGGGACGAGGUUUUGGGCAAGGCGGCGGGGGUCCGGGAUCCUUCUCCCGGUGUUGUUGCGACUGAUAGCUUGGGCGAGUCACCGAGCUUGGAGGACGCUGCCGCUGGGGCUGACUCGGCUCAGCAUGACGAACUCUAA